UAGUUCCAACUCCCAACAAUUUUCCAUCCCAUUUUUCUUUGUUCUAUGACUCCAUUUAUUCUCCACUUUCCUUUCUCUCUAUUCACCCUGAAGAUCAUAGUUCCUACUUUCACCAAUGCAGUAUUACCAAAUACUUCAUUCAGCACCCUCUUUCAUGGAUUUUCUCAAGGAACUUGAGACUGAUAUUCAACAUGCCAAUGUGCUGGCAGCUUCCAUUCCAAGGGUUAGUAAUGGCGGGGAUUACCUGCAAAUGAAGUUAGUAUACAGUGAACUGGUACAGAUUUUUCUGUUUUUGUUUCAAUGGAUGGAUUAUCCAUGCUCCUGUCUACCUUCUACUCAUUAUAAUCUUUUCCGUGUAGUUGUGUAUAAGGUGCACACUAAUGGAAAGUCAGAUAUGUAUUCAAGUGGAAGGAAAGCAACCAUAAGGGAGUUCUACAGUGUUAUAUUACCUUCACUCCAACGACUUCAUGGUGAUUUGGUAGAAGCUAAGAUUGCUGAAGAAAAUGAUCACAACUACACGGAAAAUGAUCAGAACUCAGAUUUGGAGUUGGAGAGAGAGCAUGAGUGUGGCAUUUGCUUAGAAUGUACCACGAAAAUGGUUUUGCCUAAUUGCUGCCAUGCAAUGUGUAUAAAUUGUUACAAUGACUGGAACACAAGGUCAGAAUCGUGUCCAUUUUGCCGGAGAAGCUUAAAGAGAGUGAAUUCUGGGGAUUUGUGGGUUCUAACAUGUCGUAGAGAUGUGAUUGAUAUGCAAACUAUAAACAGAGAAGAUGUGUUGCGUCUUUAUCUCUUUGUGAAUAAUCUUCCCCAUUGUACUCCUGAUGCUCUUUUCCUUAUGUACUAUGAGUACUUAAUUUAGUUCAACACAAAAAUGUUAAACAUCUGUUUGUACAAAAUUUCAUUAUGUUGUCGUUCACUCACUUAUUAUUGCACUAUUGUUGCAUGAAUGAUAUUAUUGUGUUUAU